UAUCUAGAGAAAGGAAGGGAUUAAAAGACCCAACAUAUGCGUCCGAGGGGCUUCCCAGUCGCGUACAAUUUUUCGUUUAAGAACCGACGCUCUUUCACCAUUCCCAUUCAGUUAGACUUUUAACUACGAGCUAACGCGGUAUCGAGUAUUAUGGGGUCGCCUAUUUCUUUAGCAUUUGCGGUGUACGUUUCCAUGUUGCUCGCUUCGAUCGAAAAUGCCCUCGCAUUGCCAUUUUGCCAAACUAAUAUCGAUAGCGAAACCGCGGUGCCAAACAUCGUGAGCAGGCUGGAGUGGCAAGCCAGGCCACCGGUCGACCGAGUGCCGUUGGAAGUGACGCCGACACCUUACGUGGUCAUUCAUCACGGAGGCAUAGCUAAACACUGUUACGAUCAAAAAGCGUGCUCUGAGAUCGUAAGGAGUUACCAAAAUUAUCAUAUGGACGAUAGACAGUGGUUCGAUAUCGGUUACAACUUCGUUAUCGGCGAGGAUGGCAACGUUUACGAGGGUCGAGGCUGGGAUUAUGUCGGGGCGCAUGCACCUGGUUACAACACCCAGAGCAUCGGAAUAUGUGUUAUCGGUGAUUUUAGUGAUAUUCUUCCCAAUGAAGUAGCUUUGAAGGCGGUGGACGCCUUGAUCAGUUACGGAGUAUCCCUUGGCAAAAUCAAUGAAGAUUAUCACGUGCUGGGACAUCGACAAGCCAGGAAUACUCUCUGUCCAGGCAAUGAAUUUUACAAGUACGUUCAGAAAUUUCCACGCUGGACUGACCAUCCUAUGCCGAAACAUUGAACAACAUUGUCAACGAAGAUGACAAAGUUAAUAGCGGUGAUCCUCCUACUCGCCAACUGUCAAGUGUUGUUUUGUGCUGUGCAUAAGACGCCUGUACGUCCAAGUAUAAUAUCAAGAUCAGAAUGGGGAGCCAACGCACCAAAGUCAACCCUUAGGAAUCUCGCAGAGGAGCCUGCCCCGUUCGUUAUAAUUCAUCAUUCAGCGACUGAUGGUUGCACGACUCGAGCGAUUUGUCAAGCCAGAGUGAGAAGUUUUCAGAACCAUCACAUGAACCAGAAAGGCUGGAAGGACAUAGGUUACAAUUUUUUGGUUGGCGAAGAUGGAAACAUUUACGAAGGAAGAGGAUGGGGCAAACACGGUGCGCAUUCCACACCUUACAAUUCGAAGAGCAUCGGAAUUUGCAUGAUUGGCAAUUUUGUUGGUCAUAAUCCUAGCGCGGCUGCGAUAAAGGCAGUUAAGGAUUUGAUCGAGUACGGUGUAACGCUUGGGAAAAUACAAGAGAACUAUACGUUGCUUGGCCAUCGACAAACGACGUCAACUUCCUGUCCAGGCGACAGUCUCUAUCAACUGAUUCAAACGUGGCCUCACUGGUCGUCGAUCUGAUAAUUCUUCGACGGAAAGCAUCGUUGCAUAAUCGAUUUAUUUUAGACGCUGUAUCGUACAUGUUUUCGAAAAGAAGUAAACGUUGUUCGCAUCGCA